AUCGGAGCUCUUGCGGAAAUCGGGGAAUAAUGGGAAAUUUCCAGAUAUAUAUAAACCAAUACUUAAUUAUAAGAAAAUGGAAAUAAGCAUAGCAAGGAAAAAAAUUAAAAAGUUUUCUAACAAAAAGUUUCGAAAAGCACAGUUUAAUAUCUUCCGUGCGACCAUGUCAAAGAAAAUGAAGGUCAGUAAAGACAUGUUCUCUGUCCCAGGAGUAAAAGAGUAUUUCAGAAAGGAAUUCUUGGACAAACGAAUACGUUUCGAUCCAAAGUUGAAAGAUGAUGACGUAAGGACAAUCACCCGAAAUCUGUCUGACAUUUGGUGCGCCUACUGUACGCAGACCAACAACUGCCCGUGCAUUAAGAUAUACUGCUUCAUCGUCAAUUGCUAGACGGAGCUCAUGCAAAUGAAUACAAGCACGAUCUACGUUUACAGGUUUUUUAAGUGCCUGUUUGUCGAUGCUUUUUUGUUGUUCACUGUAUCAAAUCCUAUUUGCACUUAAAGUUGUUCUGCCCCUUCAAGCGGUACAAUAUUAAUGUGACGUUUGCGUACGUAUAUGAAGUAUGAUAAAAGAUGAAACAACAAUCACUUUUCUAUUUUAGAAUUAUAUUACGUAUCAAAUGGCUUUAAACGAGAUUCCUCUGCAAUGCAACAUAUUUUGUUAUGAUUCACGCAAACAAUGAUCGUAUCACUUCGUAUUAUGUUGUAGGCUCCAUAUGUUGUGCACAUGCCGCAUUUAUGUGGAAUUAUGGAGUUUUUGUUUCUGGAUGAACCUUGUAGUUAGCAUCUCAUGCAUGUCUCUCUAGAAUUAGAGAUAUGGGCUGAAAGCAUGGGAAAGCAUUUCUAAUAUGAUCACGAUAUGAACUUUGAUAUUUUUGCAUUAUAAUAGUAGUAAAUUAAUUUUAUUGAAAGUAUCUGUCAAGUUUUGAACGGAUCAAUAAUCACCUUUUAUAUGUUCAAGAUAUUUUAUUUCAAUACUUUAAAUCAGUCAAUAUAAAUUUUAACAUAUAGCAUCAAUAAU